AACUUACAGUGACAUGACAAGUUUUGGAAUGGAUGGAAAAAAUUUUACAAAAUUACAAACUCGUAAAGAUUUUAUUUAUAAUUAAUAAGUUUUAAAUAGUUAUCGUUUGUAAGAAUAUUUUUUAUUUAUAUAUUAUGAUAAUAAUUAAUGAUUUUUGCUGCUUCAACAAUUACAAGCUCAAGAAAGAAGGCCAAAGUUUACAAUAUAAGCCCAGCAAGAUUUGCACAAGGUUUCAUGUAAUAUAGAAAAUGUUUAUCACAAAAAUGUGGUAAUUAAGACCAUUUAAGAGAAAAGCUGAGAUUCAAUAUAACGGGAUCCAAAGAAAAUAUUUUAUAGAAUAGCAAUUAUGUCAGAAAUAUUGAAUUUAAGUUCACUAUGUAGGUGUUGUCACACAGAUGGAUGUUUCAGAAGUCUAAAUCAAUCUUACAGUGACAGGAGUGUUACAGGAGACGCAGAAAUAUAUGUGGAAAUGUUGUACGAAACAUUUAGAUUGUAUUUAAGCCAACCAUCCAUCGAAGCAAGCCAUUCAAUAUGUGAUGAAUGUAUAGUAAAAUUAAGAAGCGCAUUGCAAUUUAAGAAGCAAAUACAGCAGUGUGAAGAGAAGUUUCAAAAUUAUUGCAGAAAUGAGUUAUUGCAGCAUACAGAAAUCAAAAUAGAAAAACAAUUUUCAGGUGACGAAAUAGAGGUCAAACCCGACAUAAAGAUUGAAGAUUUUAAUAACCAAGAUAACGAUGAUUUUUGUAACCAAGAAAACGUGGCAUCAGACAUAGAAACUGAAGAAAACACUAAUGAUAAAAGAGCCUACAAAACGGAAGAAAAGAAAUCUGAUCAAAAGUCAGAAUUAACAAUAACAUUGACUCGACUCAAGAAAUGUUUAAAAAAAGAAAAAUCACUUCCAUCCAAAGCCAAAGUACUACGCACGAUUGUUAAAAACGAAAAAUCAGUUUCAAAAGGUGCUAAAACUACACAAACAAAACGGUAUAGCAAGGUAGUUCAAACGGUGGAUGGCCCUGUUUACAAAUGCUUGACCUGUAUGAUCAGUUUUAAAUGCCGUCAAACUUUGAAAUUACAUAUGGACGAAACACACGCUAUAUUCAGUUGCAACAUAUGCGAAAAGAAAUUCAGAAAAGAGGAGCAACUGAGAGCUCACACACUCACACACACCUUAAGAUACGAGUGCAACGUUUGCGGGAAAAGAAUCAAACGCCGGUCCGAUUUCAAGACACACAAGAUGAUGCACUCAAAAGAACUGAAAAAAAUCUUCACGUGCGAUCUGUGUAACAAAGACUUUACGCAUCGAUCUACAAUAAUAAAGCAUUUUGCAUUCCACAACGGUACAAAUAAGAAGUUCGUCUGUGAUAAAUGUGGGAAAUCGUUCAACGAUCGAACCAAUUUGAACAUCCACAUCCAAAAUGUCCACUACAAGUUGAAAAUGUUUAAAUGUGACCAGUGUCCCAAAACGUAUGCAGCAAAUAAAACCUUGAAAGUGCAUUUGAGAAUUCACACUGGAGAACGUUUUAAAUGCCCGGAUUGUGAUAAAGAUUUUAUAAGCACCUCUGCAUUAUUCAGACAUAAAAGAGAUUACCACAACAGUACUCCUACUUCGAACACAGGAGUUAGGAGUUACAAAUGUAAAGUAUGUGAAGAAAAGUUUUAUACCAGGGGCAGUUUUGCUUCUCACACCAGAACUCAUGUCGGAGUAAAACCCUUCCAGUGCCAUUUGUGUGAUAAGGAUUUCACUUGCAAAUACAGUCUUAAACGACACAUCGAUGCUCAUGAAGGUGUAGGAACGAUUACGUGCGAAAUAUGUAACAAGGUUUUGUCACAAAAAUCCCUACUUAUCCGACAUAUGAAGAACAAGCACGACCCGAAUAAGCCUUUUAAGCAGAAGAUAAAGUGUGAUCUGUGCAAAAUGGUUGUAUUCGAUAUGGAGAAACAUAUGAAGAGUCACAUGGAUAGAUCGCUUCUGUGUGGCUAUUGCCCAAAAACGUAUGCCGAAGUGAGUGCUUUGAACCGGCACAUUAAAGAAAGGCACAGCGGUAUAUCCCACAAAUGUGAUUUGUGCCCUAAAAAAUAUGUAAAAGAGAGAAGUCUGCGUAAACACAAAUUGAAAGUACACAAUAUCCAAUUCAAACAAGAGUUCCAAGAUGACAGGCAGUCGGAAAAUAAUCUUAAUUUAGAGCCACUAUAAAAUAAUAGUGAGAUUGAAUGUCGAAUGUUUUUUGUUGAUAAACAUUCCACAUCGAGUAGUAUAGGUGCAAUUUAUGAAAAAGCUUUGUAAAAAUACCCCCUUGUUAAUGUAGGUAAUUGUACCUAUUAAUAAUUAUCUAAACCAUCGAUUCCCAAAGUGGACGAGGGGGUCCACGAAAAUUUA